UCCGCCAUGGCUAAUUCACAAAGCAGGGCUCCCUAUCCGUAUAUGUCCUAGGUUUUAAACUGUAAAAUGCACAAAUAACGGAUGACAUCAAGUGAUAGCCAUUUCCUGAUUCGAUUUAUCACCAGUGCUUUUAUGGCUGUGGUUGAAAUAAAUUCCACAUUUUGUAAUCUGUACUGACCACUGAAUAACGAUGGAGACAAGCUAAAAAAUUCCAAAUCAAUUCAGUGAGAAAUUUAGAUUCCUAUGGAAGAAGCACAUGGUUGUUCUAUAUCCGGUCCUCCUGAGUUGGUCUUAUCUCAUGCCAAUGGUCAGAGGUCUAUUUUCAAUGGCCAUGUGAAAAAGAGAGGUCAUGCAAGUCGUUCGUGGAUAAAAAUUGAUCAAGAUGGGAAUUCGCAGAUUGUGACACUUGACAAGGCUUCUAUUAUGAGACAUUGUUCUUUGCCUUCUAGAGAUCUCAGACUAUUGGAUCCUAUGUUCAUUUACCCUUCUAGCAUAUUAGGGCGGGAGAAGGCAAUUGUAGUCAACCUUGAGCAAAUCCGAUGUAUAAUCACUGCUGAUGAGGUUUUCCUGAUGAAUUCCUUGAAUGGCAGUGUUGGCAAAUACAGGUCAGAAUUAUGCAAUCGACUUCAGAAAGAAAAAUCUGAUGAUCUGCCUUUUGAAUUUUGGGCCCUGGAGCUGGCUUUGGAAUUGACAUGCGCAUUUUUAGAUGCUCAGGUCAAUGAACUGGAAAUGGAAGUAUAUCCAGUGUUAGAUGAACUGGCCUCAUCCAUCAGUACUCACAAUCUAGAACGUGUUCGGAGAUUUAAAGGUCAUCUACUUGCAUUGACUCAGCGAGUUCAAAAGGUUCAUGAUGAAAUAGAGCAACUCAUGGAUGAUGACGGUGAUAUGGCUGAAAUGUGCCUGAGCGAGAAGAAGAGAAGAUCAGAUCCUCGGUCUUCAAAUGACCUUGGUCUUCCAACCCACAGGUCAGGUAGAGCUAGAGUGAUCUCAAAAUCAGCUCCUGCUUCACCAGAUAGGUCCAUUAGUGGGGUCCAGAUGUUACAAAGGGCUUUCAGCAACAUUGGAAAUUCGAGUAAACACGAGAGUCUGUCAAGUUCUUCUAAUAAUGCGGAAAAGAUUGAGCCACUGGAAAUGUUACUUGAAGCGUACUUUGUCGUCAUUGAUAAUACUCUUACCAAGUCAUUAUCGCUCAAAGAAUAUAUAGACGACACUGAAGAUUUUAUCAACAUAAAAUUGGGCAAUAUUCAGAACCAACUCAUACAAUUUCAGUUGCUGCUUACAGGGGCAACACUGAUGGCUACAGUAUUUGCUACUGUAACGGCAGUUUUUGGAAUGAAUUUUGAUACCCCAGUUUUUGAUGAUCCAUAUGGAUUCAAUGUGGUUGUGAUAGCCUCAGGAAUUGCUAGUGCGGUUUUGUACUUGUCCUUCAUAGUAGUUUUUAGGUUCAAGAAAAUUCUUCCAGCAUAAACUAUACUCCACUGGGAUUUUGAAAUCCAAAUGGAUAAAUCUUAUUGAUGGCAGUGCAGGCUUCAACAGACUCAUCUAUCUGUUGGUAAAUGGUAAAACAGAGAACUUCUUUUUAAGUCUUUAACCCAUGGAGUUUACCGUACAUGUGUUCACCAAGCCGAUUAUGGUUUAGACAUACGAAUGCGGGCUUGGAACCAUGUUUCCCAAAGCGUGGUUAUGGCAAGGUCUCAACAUUAGUUUCAAACACAUUGACAUUUGGCAGUAGCAUAUUAGAAACGAGUUUGAUUGAAGAGUGAUAUGACUAUAAAAUGCCUAUUUGUUAA